AUGAGCCUCGAGAAGUACAAGCUUGUUUACUUUAACUUUGGAACCCGGGGUCGCGGUGAAUCCGUCAAGCUGCUGCUUGAAGACGCUGGCGUUCCCCACGAGUACGAGCUCAUUGAUCGCGACGCAUGGGAGCCUGUCAAGCAAAAGUUGAUUGACGAAGGCCAUCCCUGUGCCUGUGUCCCCUAUCUCGAAGCUGACGGCAAAAAGUACUUUGCCAGCACCGCGAUCUUGCGUUUCUUGUCCAAAAAAUUCGGCAAGUACAGAGGCAGCAACGAUGAUGAAGAACAGUUCGUUGAUGCCUGUGCUGAUUUCGUCGAUGAUUGGUAUUAUGCUCACCUCAGAAAAUGGUUGAACCCUACUGAUGAGGUUUUGAAAGAGGAUUACGAAAAGAAUCAAGCUCCUAAACAUUUUGCCCGUUUCGAACGUAUUUACGGUGCUAACCAAGGCCCUUACAUCUUGGGGUCUGAGAUCUCAUAUGCUGACUUCAUGGUCUUUCAUACCAUCGACGAUCAAUGGCGCACACAGAAGCUUAAGGAAUACCCCAACCUUGCCAAGUUCAUCGAAGCUUUUAGUGCGCGUCCCAACAUGACUAAGUACCUGACUGUUGCUCCUCCCAAGACCGAUUAAGAAAAA